AUGGUUCGUAACAAGCCUACCGGCCCCAAGGCCAAGCGUGCCAAGCGUGCCAAAAGAGCUCGGCCCGCAGAGGCCCCCGCACCCAGCGCCGGUCCGUCCAACGCACCCGAGCCUGGCCCAGCAACCAGCGCCUCUGGCCUCUCCGACGAAGAUAUGAGAUUGCUGUAUCAUAUCAUUUCCAUGCCUGGCGACGAGAUUGACUACAACUCCCUGGCAGCCUUGCUUGAUCUCGAAGUUUCUGUUGUCCGAAAGCGCGUUAGACGUCUUCUGCCCAAGACUCAAGGCAGCAUUCCUGCGGGAAUCAAAGCCGAGGAAAAAGCCGAGGAGGCCGACAAAGGCAAAGAGGCCGACAAAGGCAAGGAGGCCGAGGUGACCGCCGUUGCCGAGGACAACGAGGACAGCGAUCCCUCGUACAUUGUCGUCGCUGCUGAGCAUCUGUAUUCCGUUACUACUGCUGAAGGCGUAACCGUGUCCUACUGGGGGAUUUGA